CCGCCAAAGAAGAGGGCAGGAAGAGGCCUCCGCUUCAGCUGGUCUAACGUUGUUCAUGACAUUUACAUGUUUCACUGAGAGUGAAGGAGACCGUAUGCACUGCGUGAGUAACCAGAAAUGGGGAUGCAACUGAGGCCCUGGAAAGCGGCCACUCUCUUAGCUCUCUUCUUGGCCUUGCUGCUCUCGACUUCGUCGGCAGGGAGACAUGGGAGCUUCAUGGUGGAUCAGGAAUCUAUAGGUCAGCAAGGAGAGGGCCGACCAGUAGCUAGCCAGGGGGAAGCCCUGGCAGAAGUGCAUGCCCGGAUGCUCAAAGAAGUCACGACCAGCGACUACGGCAGUUACGACCCAACCCCGUCCAUGGAGAAGCCCCAUUUCAAGCUCAUACCCAACUAAUCACAAGAUAAUCUGUCCAAGUCCAUAUGAAUUUGAUGUAUAGAACUAUAGAUACAUAUUGAGGAAUUCUUAGCUUUGCUAUCAUGAAAACUGAUAAUUAGUAAGUUAAUGUAGACGUGACAUAGAGCUUCUUCUGCUUAGUCAAAAUGAGUGUAUAUGCAAGUUUUUUUUCUACGUGAUUUUAACAUUCUCUAUGUAACAUAAUUGUUUGUAUUCACUGGAAUCACUCAAUUACGAUUUACUUA